UUUGGGAAGGCUGGGGCAGGUCCCCUUGCACACCGAGCCAUGGAUACCUCCCUGAAGGCGGCAGAGCAAUGAAAUUUCAAGCGGGUUGAGAUUUAACCAGAGAUGGGCUCCUUUUACAAGAUUGCUUAUAUAAAGCGAAGAUAACGCCAGCUGGGUUCAUUUGAAAGAGGACAUCUUGGGAAGAGCCGACAGCGCAGCUAUUGGAAUAAGACCGGAAUGAAAAUCUGAAAUACUUAGCCUCUUCCUGUCUUGUAGAUCAUUGCAAGAAAUGGUGACUCUUACUAUUUAUCUGCUGGUCAUCUUGGCUCAAGCUCUUGCAGGGCCUUGCAAUCCAAAUAAAGCAGAUGUAAUUCUGGUGUACUGCUAUCCUAAAACCAUCAUUACCAAAAUUCCGGAGUGUCCCUACGGAUGGGAGGUUAAUCAGCUGGCACUCGGAGGCGUUUGCUACAAUGGGAUCCACGAUUUGGGAUAUUACCAGUUCACAAUCCCAGACCUGUCACCUAAAAACAAAUCAUACUGUGGGACGCAGUCAGAGUUCAAGAGCCCUGUUUAUCACUUCUACAACUCCAUCGUCUCCAAUGACUCCUCAGUAAUUGUGAAGAGCCAGCCUGUGAAUUACUCAUUCACCUGCACGUACAAUGCCAACUACCUGGUGAACCAGGCUGCCUUCGACCAAAGGGUGGCCACCAUCCAUGUGAAGAAUGGAAGCUCUGGCUCAUUUGAAAGUCAGUUGUCCCUCAACUUCUACUCUAACGCCAAGUUUUCAAGUAUAAAAGAAGCCCCUUUCAUCGUUGAAACAUCAGAAAUUGGUUCUGACAUAUUUGCUGGAGUAGAAGCUAAGGGCUUAAGUGACAGGUUCAAAGUCGUUCUCAACAACUGCUGGGCAACUCCCUCCUCGGAGUACUUCUACCAGAUCCACUGGCCUCUGAUCACCAAGGGGUGUGCCUCAGACAACUCCAUCCUUGUGCAUGAGAACGGGAAAACAAGCCGGGCGACAUUCCAGUUCAAUGCUUUCCGCUUCCGUAACAUCCCCAAGCUGUCCAAGGUCUGGCUGCACUGCGAGACCCACGUCUGUGACAGCGAGAAGUUCUCCUGCCCGGUGACAUGCGACAAACGAAAACAGCGCAUGGAACAAACCGGAGGUGUUUUAGUGGCGGAGAUCUCUGUACGCAGCAAAGGUUUAUCCAGAUUUUACACACUCUCAGAUAUCAUCUUCCACCUACUCUUCCUGAUUGGAUUUUGUGCUGUUUUAUUAUAAAACUCAGCCCAGCUGUGUUUCUUAACUUUUCCCAAUCCUGUUUGGACCUGGACUUCUUUACUAAAUAUGUUUAUUUUACAGAGGAAAAAUGAAAGUCACAAAAAAUCCUCGUGCACCAUUUUACCAGAUAUAAAUAAAACAUU